AUGGCCGCCGCCGCGCCGAAGGGCGAGGGCCUCUUCGCUGACCCCGAGCCCAUCUCCCCGUCCAUCUUCCUCGACCUGCCCCCGACGCCCCGCCCCGAUGGCAACGGCGAGGUCCUGGCCUCGUCGGACGACCUCGUCCUCCCCUUCAUCACGCGGAUCCUCAUGGAGGAGGACAUCAACGACCAAUUCUUCUACCAGUUCCCCGACCACCCCGUGCUCCUCCAAGCCCAGGAACCGUACGCGCAGAUCCUCUCUGACGCAGCCACGGCCACCGUCCCGCCGUCCUCCUCCGACGGCCCAGCCCAGCUCCUCCUGUCCCCGCCGUACCCCGAUACGGGACUGCACGGCUUCACCGACGACGGUGUCGGCCCCUUCUUCUUGCCCGCACAAGAUGGUGGCAGCCCGGAGUUGGAGCAGAGUCCGGCGCAGUUAAGGGCCGCCGGCGACGGCGACGGCGACCACGCGGCGCUGGCCUCGGUCUUCUUCAACAGGGGAGACGCGGACGCGGAGAUGCUCAACAAGGCAUUCCUCGAGGGUAUGGAGGAGGCCAAGAAGUUCUUGCCCACCACCAACAGCCUCCUAAUCGACCGUGAGGCAGAGGAGGAGGAGUUGGGCAUUAAUGGCAGGGGCCGCAAGGACAGGGACAGGCUCAGUUGGGAUGACUUGGAGGCUGAGACAUGCCGGAAGAGCAAGCUGAUGGUGCCUGAGCCUGAGGAAACUGGCGAGGUGGUCGAUGAAAUGAUUGUCAAUGGACUGGAAUUGUGCCUCAAAGAAAUGGAGGCCCUGCGAAUCACCAUGGGCAGUGAGGCUAAGAAGAAGGCAAGGAAGGGCAAAGGGAAGUGGGCUCAGGGAAGCGGCACCCAUAGGCAGCGGUCGGCCUGCGGCCACGUGACAUGA